CUCUGUGGACACUCUGAAGCUCAAGCUGUUCAAUGGAGGACCACUGCAGAAGAGAUUACCACUGGAACCAAACUGGCCGAGUUGAAGAGGUUCGGCUUACUGUGAUAUAUCACUCAACAUCAGCAUGAAGUCAGAAAGGUGAUGCUCAGCUUUGAAAUGCAGUCCCAGUUCUACCCCACUCUGCUGCUGGCUUUUUCCAUCCAGCUGGACUAUUUCACAUGGCCCACUGAUGCUAAAGCAGCACCUGCAGGCUUUGAGGACGGGAGAAGUGAGCUGUGAUUACGCUGUGAACACAAACCCACACUCUCAUUCUCCACGCAGUGACAUAAAACAGGUACCAGGACUCUCUCCAGAACCAAAAACAGAGCUACAGAAACCAAACAUUUCUGUGCAUGCCCCUGAAGACAAGAAUGUGGCUCUAGUCUGUCUGAUUAAUCUGAAAACCCCAGCUGUAAAUACCAGCUGUUACCUGUAUGUUGGAGACUCGUCUCAGCCGUACAGAAGUGCAUGGACCACCAAUGGGAGGGUCUGCAGCUUUAAUGUUGAACGUGCUGACCUGCAGCAGCACCUGCAGGCUUUGAGGGCAGGAGAAGUGAGCUGUGAUUACGCUGUGAACACAAACCCACACUCUCAUUCUCCACGCAGUGACAGAAAACAGGUACGAGGACUCUCUCCAGAACCAAAAACAGAUAAGAAAACAACCUCACCAUCUCCUGUGACGACUAAAAAAAAAGGUGUGAAGCCACCCUCACCUCCUCUAGUGACGACUAAGAAAACCUUAGCUGCAAGUUCCACCCUGACUGCCGGCUCUGCAACCACUCCCCUGUCAGAUGGGAAAGUAACCCCCACCACAGAACUACGUACGAAACCGCCCACAGAACCACGUACGGAACCGCACACAGAACCACGUACGGAACUGGCCACAGGAUCCCGUACGGAACUGCCCACAGAACCACGUACCGAAGCGCCCGCAGAACCACAAGUUUUGCUGCUUGGAAUUGGAUCUGCAGUGGGUGUGGUUGUGCUGGGAGUAACGGCUAUCUGUCUAUGCAAGAAACUGAAAUUGAAAAGACAGACUGAACCCAUAAACAACAGUUUGUAUGCAUCCGUGACAAUGGAAAAUAUUUUGAGUGCAAGUGACACAUGUGGCACAGAUAGGAUCUACGACGAGAUAAAUGAUGUGCCCUCCUCUUUUAAAUCACCUCCUGUGCCCAGUCAAAAUGACACCUACUCCAUGAUCACAGCGGUCCCAGCCUGGUCAAAGCCGCCCGUCUAUGAUUCCGUGGCUACAGUUGUAAAUAAGGCUGCAAAUGACACACCCAGGAGCAGUUCCGCAGAGCCCACCACAGAGGCCCCUGACACCACCACUUACAGCAGCCUGCAGAUGCACUGAGACCGCUGCACGCCCACAUACCCCUCUGGCCUCACGAGGCAUGUGAAAAUGUGCUGCACUUUGUUCAAUAACCACAGAAAGAGCGUGAAGACAACUAUAGGAGCGUACUCAUGUACUCAUGUCAUUCAUUUAUUAAAUAAUGAAGUGUAAAGGGAUAGUUUUCAAGUAACUCCAAAGCAGCUUGUACACCAAAUCCAUGUUUCCAGGGGCUGUAAAUUAAACCAAAUUACAUAUUUAGAAAAAAUGAAAUACAUUUCAUCAUAUCUGGUAGUUAUUCCUUUAAGUGCUAUGAUCUCAGGAUGUACCAAAAGACAGAAUAUACAUUCACAACUUGAAUGUAAUUUUUUUUUUAAGAAUCACAUUCAUUAUUAUGAAUACAUAUGUACAGCCUCUGGAGGCAGAGAACUGGUAUAUAAGCUGCUUUAGAAUUACCAGGUGAUUGUGCCCCAUGACCACAAAC